AUGGAACCAAACCUCACCGAGAUCCACGACUACCUCAUCGAGCUAGCCUUCAAGGCCGGCGACAUAAUCAACAACGCCCUCCCCGAAACCAGCGGCACAGGAGCAAAGAAGAACAGCGCAGACCUCGUAACAGAAUAUGACCGCGCAGUCGAAACAAUGAUCUCAACCUCCCUCUCUGCAAAAUACCCCGACUACACCUUCCACGGCGAAGAAACCUACGACCCAUCCAAACCCCUGACAGACGCCCCAACCUUCAUAGUAGACCCAAUAGACGGCACAAUCAACUUCAUCCACAGCUUCCCCUUCGCCUGUGUCUCACUAGGCUUCGCGGUAAACCGGAUCCCCGUCGUGGGCAUCGUAUACAAUCCCUCCACGAAGACACUAUACUCAGCGAUCAAGGGGCAAGGCGCGUUCGUGAACCGAACCGCGAAGUUGCCCCUGCGUGGUGAUUCAGUUGAGCCCUUGACUGGACUGUCUAAUGCGCUUGUUGCUAUUGAGUGGGGAUCUGAUCGGAGUGGGGGGAACUUUGAUACGAAGGUUAGAACGUUUGAGAUGCUUGGGCGGGCGAAGGAGAAUGGGGGGGCUAUGGUGCGGUCGUUUAGGAGUUUGGGUUCUGCGGCGUUGAAUCUUUGUGCUGUUGCUGAGGGGACGGUGGAUCUGUAUUGGGAGGGUGGGUGUUGGGCUUGGGAUGUUUGUGCUGGAUGGGUUAUUUUGAGUGAGGCUGGUGGACGGAUGGUUGGGGGCAAUAAGGGAGAGUGGGAGGCUACGUUAGAUGGAAGAAAGUAUCUUGCGGUAAGAGGGUCACCUGGCGGUGGUGGGCAGGAGGAGAUUGUGAAGGAGUUUUGGGGGUAUAUUCAGGGUGAGAUAGUUUACUGA